AUGGCACUCACUUUAAGAAAGAAAGUGCCGGCCGUUUUCGUUAGUUGUCUCUUCUUUUUACUAUUUGUCGCACUGCCUUUUAGUUUCCAAAGGUUUCCAAGUAUUUACCCUUUGAAGGUCAGAGGACACAAGAUCAAGCCAGCAGCAGACCCUAUCAAUGCCACCAACUAUCACCAAUAUAUCAGGAACAUCGAUUUGGCAAAUAGCUCUUUUGUCUUCAAUUCUAUAUUUGCUGCAUUGAGACAAUCGGCUUCUGAUCUAUUCCCUGCUGGACUUACAUACUUUGGAGGUAUUGUCCCCAAAGGAACUUUACUUUACAGGACAGGGAAAAACGAGAUCCCCAAGUCCUACGAGUGGUUGGCCUUUGACUCUGAAUUCAGUUACUCCUUUGGAAUUCGGUAUCCGUCGUAUGGUAGGAACUCGUCGAGGCAUUGGGGACCACUUGGGGGGCCUCCGCCCAAGGAACACUUAUCAAAGGGGCCUCCGAAGAGGAGACACAUGAUGGAGGACACAAACCAAUUUUUCACCUUCAGAACAACGAGAGAUCUGGAUCGGAUCAUAUACUUUGACGGGGCCUCCGCAGCCAAAUCUGAAACGGGGGAGAUGGAUACGCAGAAAUUGCUUAGCGAUGUGAUAGGGGAUAAGCUAAACUUGACGAAUUCGACGGGAGAUGAUUCCGGUGUAGGGCUCGAAAGACUAUACGCGGAGAGAAUAUGUCAAUGGGGGAAACCGCUAGGUUUAGAUGGUUAUGUAAGAGUGGAAGUUGGGUUUGAGCUUGUUCUGUGCGAUUUUUUGGACGGUAGCGUAGAGGUUGUAUCCAAUAUUUCAGUUAAGGCACCCAACGAGGCCUUAGGAAUUGCACCACCUGCAAAUAAAAGUAGCGAAGCAGGGUGGCCAAUUGCUCCUGAUGGAUCCUUCCUCGAGGAUCAGCUUACUCCCGAACAAAAAGCUGUUCUGGAUAAAGAAGACGAGUGGCAGCACCUGAUAAAAAAGUAUAGUUCGAUGCAGGGAUUUGACUGGUUGCUUGCUGGUGCCAGGCAUGAUACCGGUGAGCCAAAAGUAGUGCUAGAUUAUAGAUAUAUGGUUACAGGUAUCAACAGGACAGAAAUGAAGACGAGUCCGUUCCAAAGAAGGCUUCUAAACGAACGGUUGACGUACGAUGAUCAAUUGCAAAUUGUUGAUGAGUUAGAACGGUCUCUCUCCAAACCGUUUGAUCCAUCACAAUCAGUAGAAUGGAAGCUGCAUAUAGAGGAGAUAAUGACCAAAUUCGGCCCCAUGCUUAAAAUGAUACAAAAUAUAUUGACCGCAGAAGCUGAUCUAACAGAGAAGGAGAUGGCCGUUGAGGUUACUCGAUACACUUUCAAUUUUAUCCUACGGUUUACAGACUCCGCCGAUUCAGACAUCAAUACGGGCAAGAGGGAUGCUAUUUUCCAAUACAUACAAUCUGGGAGGCCAUUGCAAACAGAGUCCGACUACUUGAUCUGGUCCUCAAUUGCCAAUAUCGUUACUGCAGUGGUUGAUACUCUGUACUCGAUCCAUCAACAACUCUUACCACAGGUAGUGUCUCCAGUUGGUGAAAAUGUGUAUCGGCGAGAGGCCCUUCACCAAGCCCUGAAUCAAUCUCGGGCGGAAAUCACCAAACUUUUGGAUACUCUGCAAUGGGCACCGCUAACUUACCAAUGCGACCGCAAGUGUGAGUGGGAUGAAAUAUGCUAUACACCUUCAUGGGGCCCGUCUCCGUUACCCUGGAUCUCCCCGACUUCAAAGACCAACACCUCCUUCACAUACUUUGAUGCAAACUUGGGGAGACAGGUCGUGCGGGAACCGCUACAGUGUGUCAAAGUGGACCACAUCACUAAAUAA